UCUUCCUCUUCCGACCUCUUUCCCUCUCCACCUCCCCCUCCCUCCUUCCCGCGCGCCGGCCCGCCGCUUCCAGAAACUUCCAGAAUGGAAGCGCGGCCACCGCCGCCGCCGCCGUACGUCUUCCUCCGCCUUCUCGAGUGGGCCCCACCUCCCCUCCCCUCUCCCUCUGGCGGAGGUGGGCCCCACCACCCCAAACGCCCCAAUCCAAGUCACGCAACCGCCUCCUCCCCUCAGCUCCCUUCUCCGGCCAACGGCUACAUUUCCCUUCUCUCCUCGGAGACUUGCUCCCCACGCCAUCUCAUCCCCCUCCCACCACCCACCACGCAAGCCGCCUCCUCCUCCGCUUCGGCAUUUCGCCGAACACCUCGCGCGCGCGGGGGCGCGGCGUCGUGAGGCGUCCCGCACGGGCGCCGCACCUCCACCCAUGGCUGGCGUCGGGGAGCCGCGGCGGAGCCCGAGGAAGAGCAACCGGGACUGGCUGGACUGCGACCGGCGGUUCGCGCAGCAGGCCGACGGGGUGAUCCUCCAGGUGCUCCGCCGGAGCCCGGACGCGGUCGAGCGCGCGACGCAGCUCAUGUGCCGCUACAAGAAGUCGCCGCUCGCCUACGCCAUCCUCGCGGAGGCGUGGCUCGCGUCCGGGAAUCUGGUCAUGGCGAAGACUCACCUCAGGAGCGCGACGGUGCUCGCCCCGCGCUGCCCGUACAUCUCCUUGGCGCUCGCCGCGGUGCUCGUCCGCAUGGGAUCCUGGGAAGAGGCGGUGCGCGAGUGUGCCCGCGGCCUCGGCGCGUGGAUGCCCACCGACCCGGCCAGGCACUCCCCCUUGCCGGAAGACAGCAUCAACGCCAUCGUCAGCUCCCCAAAGGUCAGCAGCAAAGGAUUGCCGUCGAACGAGAAAGAAUCCGCCUGCUGCGUUUCCGGGCCGAGAAGGGCAAGGGAAUCGUGGCUCCAAUUGCGUCGGUGGCGCCCAAGUGGCCGCCGGAGAGCGCCGACCUCGACCAUGCUCGCCAUCGCUGGAGCCGCAUGAGCGAGGAGGAGCGGCAAGCCUUCCUCACGGUGAGUUUUCAAGAUAUGAAGUCGCAUUUCCUUUCAAGAUCAGGAACGUCGCGGUGGCAGACGAGACGUGCGCUCUCAGGUGCUGAGGAGCUCGUCAACGGGUGUGGGUCGUUUUCGUAUCGGCUUUGCCCUUUCUGCUUCGUCAUCUUUGUGGAUGCUACGGAGUUCAUGUCGCACAUCGACAGCUUCCACAUUGCGGGUUGCAAGAAAGAAUUGCGGUCAUCAAUGCCUGAAAGAGUAACUGGCUGUGAGAUGGAGCUUCUCAAAUCAUGGAGAUGGGAGCCGAUGCCAAGCGAUGGAGAUGAUUUGGCAGAGAGGGCAUUGAUCUUGAGCAAGCUUAAGAGCAUUGUUUCUUGGCUCAUUGAUAAGGAUGCCGUUUCUCUCAGCCUUCUGUACAUCAUGUACAAGUUCAUCAUGAGCCGGGUCAGGCCAGUAAAACCUUCUGUGAUAUCCAUGUGCGGCUCCUGCGGGAUUGGACAGUUGAGUUCUGCGCACCUCAAGGAACUGCUUGAUUUGCUUAAGUGGCUUCCACAUACCCAUACAGACUAUAAACAAGAGAACCAGAAGGAUUCGCUUGGUUUGGCUACAUGGAUGGAAGAGUCAGGCACCUUGUUUUUUGAUUAUCGGAAGAAUGCUUCAAGAAAAACUGAUGAUUCUAGCCAGCCAGAUGAAUUUUUUGACUGGCUAUUCUGCGAAUCUUUGCUUGAGGAUCGCUGUGAAUCAUGGCUUGGCAUGCGGGAAAAAUGUGUUAAUCUUGGACCUGCCAUCUUUAAAAAGAUAACUGAAGAAUUGGAUAAACUGAAGCUGAAAUGCAGCUCAUGUGAAGAACUAAAACAAAAAGGAGGUGUAUAUUUCCUUCCUAAGGCCAUCCUUGAGAGUGAUAUUGACAUCGAGCCUUAUUUUUAUGAUGGGAUUGGCUCUGUACAGACUGAAAUGCUAUUAAUUGAUGCUGAGGUGGAUUACCAGAAGAAAAGGCUUUUGGAAGCCUGUAAAGUGGAUUAUCUUGCAGCCAUUUUACCUAUUGCAAAGUCUUACCUUUGGGCCAAAUUGAAUAAUAACCCCCCUGAGAAGGUUUUACCUCUUCCUCCACCAAAUGGUCUUCAACUACAAGCUCCUUUGAAUGUGAUUCUCCGGUCUUUGUGGCACAUAAGGCGAUUCCAUGAUACUCUCCAGAAGAUUCCACGUGAAUGUCGUGAUGUUACAGUUGGAGACUUUCAAAUUGAGAAGGAAUUGCUUGAAAUCUUUGAUUCUUGGGAUCUUGUGAAAGACGGCAAACCAUGUGAACCAAGUGGUUCGACGAGAUUUGCAGAUUUUACAAGUUCUCUGAUAAAAAAGAGUGGAAAAAUGACUGCAUCCAAAAUUGUGAAAAGCCUUUUUCAGAGGCUGCACUCGUCACAUACUCCUUUGCAUUUUGAGUUCAGGGGUGAAACUUCGGAACUGCAAACACCAACCGAGCCAAGUUUAGUGGGUUGUAUAUGCCUAGUGCAUGAUCUCUUUGGGUUACACCUUUAUGAAAAUAAAUUCAACUGUCUGAAUAUGGUGCACACCAAAUUUGCGUACUCUAUUGAAUUGGGCGCUGGAGGAGAAACUAAGUUCAAGUCUUUCAGCGAACUCUUGGUAGCUAGAGAGUCCAGGAAUGGAAGUGUUGGGCAGAAGGUUGCCCAGUACUCUCUUUUAUGUCCACCACGUUUGUUCAUGACCGUUUUUGAUUGGGAGGAUAUCAAUGGGAGCUACAAUAACAUGCAUGAAGUAUUGAUCAGCUUAGCAACAGAGUUGGACAUUAGUCAUAUCUACAGAGGUCUGCAUUCAGGAUGCAUGUAUACUCUGGUUUCUGCGGUAUGCUGUGACGAUCAGAGGCAAUACCGCUGCUUUGCUCGUGAGAAGAACAGGUGGAUCAUAUAUGAUGGCAGCACAGCCGAGCCUGCUGGAUCCUGGCAAGAGUCAAUCGAGCGGUACCGUCAGUCCAAACUCCGCCCGGAAAUCCUCUUCUUUGAGCGUGUUGAGUAGCAUGGUCGUCGUUGUACUGUUGCUGGGAUCGAGAAUCGGCACGGCACCCACUGGACAGUGCCUUGACGGCCUUGAUCCAUCAUCUGCACUGCGUUUGGAGCAUCGAAAAAAAGUUCAAUGUUUCAUGUGUCUGUAGAUUGGUAACCAUUGAGAAACUUGCAUAGGCGAGAGAUCGGCAUUUCUUUGCUGACUUAGAUCAUUUUUUUUUAGAUAAUGUGCUGACUUGGAUCAUGUAGGCCUGAUCUGUUUUUUUGUUCUUCUGGUUUGCUUCUGCAAAUACGGAUACUGAUGUAUAUGCGUUCCGGGUUUUUACAUGGUACUAAUCUGAAAGAAAAAAAAAAGAUAUAAUGAUGCACAGUUUUGUUAAA